AAAAAAAAAUCUGCCCAUAUCCAAAAUCCAGCAUCUUAAAAUCCCACGUAUGCGAAGAAUAUCAAUAUCUAUUCUAUAUUCACACAGAAACUCACCUCUGUAAAGAAAAAUGGAGAGUCAAGUUGUGAGAAGAAGAAUGAACAUUAUUGCUGCUCAUUUGGCUGCCCAUGAUGAUAUUUCCACUGCCGCUACCCAUCUAUUUCCUAUGAGCUGUAGCAGUAGUUUGAAUUCUGCGAUUCCGAGGUAUGAUAACAGAAUGAAUUAUGCACGACAAAGUUCCAGUUCUCAAGCUUGUUUCAUGAGGCUCAACUCAAGCGAACAGGGGCUGGGAAGCUGUAGUACUGAAUCUGCCUUGCCUUUAAAGCCUAAUAGUUGUGCAAAAAAGAGUUCUAUUACUUCUGAAGGACCAAUGUAUUCUAGACCUACUAAUAAACAAUUCCAGUAUGUUGCACAAGGUUGCAAAUACAAUCAAACUGCAGCAGAAGCUCCCAAAUUUGCUAGGCCAAGUACAGGAGUUAACGAAAAGUCGCGCUCCCAAUUGAAAGAAAGAAGAAAUGGACUUCAAUCCAAUGGAAGUGAAUGGUCUCCUAGGAUGGAUGUUGCAGAAUCUGGAUGCAUGUACAUCGUAUCGAUAGAACUUCCCGGUGUCAAUAUAAAUGAUAUAAAGGUAGAAAUCAGUGACAAAAGCUUAAUAGUUUCUGGAAAUCGUUCAACACAAUGGUCGAAAGUGGCAACAAUGAAUGACUCUGUAUCGUCUUAUCACAAAAGGGAGAUUGUACAGGGACCUUAUCGGGUUUUCUGGCCUCUUCCAACUAAUGUUAACAAGGAUAACGUCUCAGCUGAAUUUGUGGACGGACUUUUACAGAUUACUAUCCCAAAACUUUGAGAAACAGGGCAACCAAUCAAGCCGCAUAUCUAGGUGUAAACUAUAAAUUGGAAGCAGAAUAACUAUAAGCAACAAAAGUUAUUGUAAAACAUGAACCACGUAUAUGUACUCGAUCACAUGCUAUCUAUUGGAAACUAGUGUAAAAUGCCAUGGAUUAUGAGCUACCUUGUAAUGCUACAUUAGUAGCCAAAUAUAUAUAUCAGUAUAUACAUAUGUGGUGAUGCCUUUGGAAUUUGGAUGGUUCCAAAUAAUCAAGGAUUUUAAGUUUUAUAUA